AUGCGCCUCUCCCUCCUCGCCAUCGCGGCCUCAGCCGUCGCCCUCGUCAUAGGAACCCCCUUCCAGAGCACCCUUCACAGCACCCUCACCACCCGCGACACCAUAACCACAAACACAACAACCCUCCCCGUAACCUUCGGCGCUAUCCUCUUCCGCGCAAUGGACAUGCUAGACCUCUUCGGCUCCCUCGACGCCCUCCAACUAGCAUCCUUCAACCGCCACAUGUCCCUCCACCUCAUCGCCGCCACCCUCGACCCCGUCACAACCGCACCGCAGUCCCCCGGCAUGAACGCCUACAACUCGUCCUGGUGGCCGACGAUCCAGCCGACAAACACCUUUGACGACGAGCUGGAUCUCGAUGUACUGAUCGUGCCUGGCGGACCGGGCGUGAGGGCACCCGGGUUGGAGCCGAUUGUGGAGUAUGUGAAGAAGUAUGCGCCUAGGGUCAAGUAUCUCGUUACGAUUUGUACGGGGGCUAGUCUUGCUGCUAGGGCGGGGGCGUUGGAUGGGAAGAGGGUUACUACCAAUAAAGCUGCGUGGGAGUUGAUUACUGCGCAGGCGCCGCGGGCUAAGUGGGUUUCGCCGGCGAGGUAUGUUGUUGAUGGGAAUGUCUGGACUUCUUCUGGUGUUACCUCUGGUUUGGAUUUGACUCUGGAGUUCAUCAAGCAGGUGUACGGCGAGGAGUUGGCGACCAAGGUUGCUAGAAUCAUGGAGUUUGUUCCCCAUGCUGCUGAUUGGGAUCCCUUUGCAGACAUCAACGGCGUUGAGCCGACGUACAAUUGA